UUUCCCAGAUGGCACUGCAGUGAGUCGUUUGUUGGAAACUACCCCCUACUUUUCGAAACAAAACCGUGUAUUCCGUAUUAUUGCUAUUCCAUUUCACAUCUGAAAAGUAACAUUCGACAGACAGGCUGGCAAAUCCUUCGCACAGAAGUCACGUUAUUUUCAUAAAUGAAAUAUAAUUAAUCAACGAACUGUUCACGAUACAAACCGACACGAUACGAUACAGAGGUUAUACGACUUUUCUCUCGCGAAUGAAUAACAUUAAUCACUGCUAGUGUGUAACAACGUGAAAGAAUGACAGUGCUUGUGUAGCACGCACGAUUGCCAAACGAAAUUUCAAAUCCAGAGAAACUAACCUUACACCGAGACCGUCCAGCUUCACGGUUCAAUUAUUCGUCUCGUAACGGCUUAUUGACCAUUCAUACGUUCUACAUACGUGAAGGCAUCAAACGAUGCGUUACGUUAACGUCGCGUGAUGAGAAUACUCAUCACGACCAACCGGAGCAUACAUUCUUUCAUCUGAGGUCCAGCUAAACGUUUCCAGAACACUUAGCCGGCUCGGUGAUCGGAACAUCGCUCUGAACGGUUAAUCGAGACAGAACUGUUCCCAACAAAAGUUAAACACUACGACCCACGCGAUUGUAUACGCUUCGUGGCGGUCCUGCGUCAUAGGCGUGCGUCUCGCACGAUUAACAUUCAUCUAUUCCUCGACCGGCACGCGUGUACGUCUAACGUGUGAAUGACUUCUCGCAUCUUACAAGUGGAAUACAGUGUGUUGUUUACCUGGCUGCCCCGCGGGAACCUUAAGGUGGCAAAACUGCACCGUGUAUAGACGUUCGAAAUCCGCAUUGUAAAAUAUCCCGUGGGAGGAAUAAACGAAACGGUCCGUUACGAAGCGAACUCAUUUCGAAAUCUCGCCGAUAUCUGACGGAGAGAGCAGCUUCAGGGUAACACAAUCGAGUUAUCGUUCUCGUUCACUUAUCGCGGCCGGAACGUCGACUUAAUCUGCCGGAUCGUACGAAAAUUAAUCGGCAGUUCUAUUUUUACCGAUUAAUCGUCGACUACUCUGUCACGAUGCACGCGCUCGUCGAGUUCUGCGCGUUUCUUUGUCUCGCUCACGCCGUUCGCGGCUCGUCAUUGGUUGCACCCCCGCAAUCGGCAGUGGUCGUCGCGUUCGAGGACGUCUACGAUCUGUCUUUGCUAGCCAACACUCUGUCGGAUCAAGGGAUCGACGCGACGCUGAUAAUACCGGGCUACGCCGAGCACGACGUAUACGAGACUUUGAUCGAUGUGGAAGUGCUGACGGUGACGGUCGAGACCGAGGAGUACGCGUAUCCGGAGAGCAAAGCGAUCCAGGCUUGCGAGGCUUUCCUGAAGGAUGAGCAGAUCGCGAAGAAGAUAUCGGAAAUUCAACCGACGUUCACCAUUUUCCCUGCGUUCAGGCACGAUGGUUGUUUGUUACCAUGGUCGAGGAUUAUCCAAUCGAUUCCAGUUAUAUGGACGCGGGAUCGGGAUGAACAGGUUUACGUGUUCGAGUACACGGGCACCGCUCUGCCGGUUCAGAGUGCGGGAUUUUGGACGAGGUUGCGGACGAGUUUCUCCCGGAGGUCAAUAUUCUCGGUGGCCAGGGACGAGUACGCGGCGUAUGCUCUCCGGAUAGUGGGAAAAUACUUGCCAGAGGCCGGUCUCAAUUUAGACAAUCUUUACGCGGAUGUUCGCCUCAUACUCUGGGGCGGUGAUUCCAUCCUGCGCUCGUAUUUCGCCCCGCUCACGCAGCUGAUAGUCGAAGUCGGCUGCCAUCAUUGCAGAGGAGCGCAUCCGCUCCAAGGAGAUCUGAACAAAUCGUUGAUCGAGUUCAGAUUGGGCACGAUUGUAGCUCUUUUAGAUGAAAGUUACGAGACGUUGAUCAAAGAGCUCGCGGAGAAGUUGCCUCAAGGAAGAGACGGCCAAGCGGUCGUUUGGAAGAAGGCGAAGUCAUCGACGAAGACAGACUCGGCCGCUACGUUAUCGAGCAAUCUUUUUGUUCGCCCAACGGUCGAUCGGCAAGACUUGAUAGGUUACGGGCGCACGAGGGUCGUAUUGAGUCACUGUGCCGACACCGAGCUUCUGGAAGCCGGGUUUCAUGGGACGCCAGUGAUAUGCUUCCCAAGGAAUGUCCACGAGUCGAAGAAUGCCGUUCGCGCGGUGGGUUUGGGCUUCGCGCUCUCCGCGCCCUCCGCGGACGACGGUCGCGUCAUCUCUGGCGAGGAGGUGGCGUUCAUGGUGAACGUGAUCCACGAGUCCAUGAGUUACCGAGAGAACGCGCGGAGGGUUUCCGUGGCGAUCCGCGACAGAAUAAAUCCGGCCGUCGACAGGCUGAUUUAUUGGCUCCGUUACACGGCACGGUCCAAAGACGGGAACUUGGAAUUCUUUACGCCGAUCAGCCCGGCGAGGACCGCCAACGAGGAUCUGCAAUUCUUCCUCGGCUUAUUCGUCGGCAGUAUAGUGGGGAUUUUUAUAACCGCCGGUUGCAUGGUGACGCGGUACCUCGUCCUCUCGAAGAGGGCGCAACGGUCGAAGGGGAGGUACACUCGGUAAAGAGGCUCCGGCGCGCAAGACAUUCUUUUCAAACUCGACCUAACGUCUAAUGGGAGCUUGUAUCAUAUAUAUAUGUAUAUCUCAACCACUAGACUGCGGAUUUUAUGCAUUUAUAUUAAUUACAACUAUAUGCGAAACACAACGAAGCGACAAUGAGAAUCCGUGACGAAAUAAAGGGAAUUUCCGUUCAACCAUAGCCCUUGUGAAUUAAUUUACAAAAAGCGUUUGCAUCGAAAUCCGUACUCUGUGUGUAUCAUAUAUGAGGUGUGGAGUCCACCUAACGUCUAAUGGCAGGCAUGUCACGCAUCUUGAUAUGCUGAUCUUAUAUAGAAUAUCUAUGGAAUCGUUUGGCCACCUAAUGUAAAAACAUUGAUACCGUGAGCUACAGUAUUUCUUCCUAUAGGAGCAUUUAUAGGGACUGGUAUGGUAAUUAUAGAGUAUCGGACAAAAUUUUGUUCCAUUAUCGACAAGACUGAAACUACCGUGUUACAACUGUACCGAGCUAUCGCACACGGUCAUUAAUCAAUUUAACAACGUUCGUUCAAUGAUAGAAAACAACGUCCGCCAUUUUCUAUGAUCACGUUGCCAGUCCCGUACUGGAAACUCUGUACAAUCUAACCCACCGAUGCUUAAAAGUUUUCUUAAACGUUUAACGCGUGCUAUAUCUAAAUUCUUCAGGUUUUAUCGUUUAGCCGUUAAUAUUUUCCUCUCUCGAAACGAAAAGUAGAAAAGAAAAGAAAAGGAAGAACAUCGAUUAUCGGGCACAUCCUACAGCUCUCGUCCGUGGUUCCGGUUGGAACGGAAGUGGUUAAACACGGACACUUCUUCGCAUAUGUAUUUAUAUAAAUGCACGUAGAGUACAGGUACAUACAAAUACAAAUGUUACGAGCUAGGGUGUUAUCGCAUUGCUAAUGAAGAGACGU